GUUUUUCCUACAGACCAAUGAAAGUUCUGGCUGACAGGUAUAAAAUAGGAUCCACAUGCAUACAGCGCCAAAUAAGGGCUUGAUUCUUUGGACGGCACCGAAUUUGUGUGGGCAUCUCGUUGAAUGAAAAAAACAUAGUCUGCUAUUUACCUUCAACUGGAGAGAAAAUAUGGGUCACAGAGCAAUACUGUUGGUGUCUGGGAUUCUCCUGGUUGCCGCGGUAACAGCCACACCCUUCAAAAGAGAGAAGAGAGAAGAUGGAGUCACCCCUCAACCCGAGGAAGUCCUUACAACUCAGCCAGUAAUUGUCACAGAACACCAUGCUAGCGGACAUCACCAUGGAGACGCACAGCACCAUAGUCCUGCUCAUCAUGAGCACGCUACAGGGGCUCCCCAUGCCCAUGAUGAAGAGGCACAUCAUGGCAGCAAGCACCAUGAAGAACAUCAUGCAGACAAUACAACUCAUGAACAUCACCAUGACAGCGGGCAUCAUGCAGACAAUAAGACCCAUGAACAUCACCAUGACAGUGGGCAUCAUGCUGACAAUGUAACUGAUAAACACCAUAGCACUGACCAUCACCAUCACCAUGAUCAUCAUCACUCGAAAUCACAUGAUUCAAGCUCUAAAUCACAUGAUUCCCGCUCCAAACACCAUGGUUCACAUUCCAAACAUCAUGAUUCACGCAAAAAAUCACAUGAUUCAAGCUCAAAAUCACAUGAUUCAAGCUCAAAAUCACAUGAUUCACGCUCAAAACACCAUGAUUCACGCUCAAAACACCAUGAUUCACGCUCCAAACACCAUGAUUCAAAGUCUGAUCACCAUGAUUCACACUCCAAACACCAUGAUUCACGCUCCAAACACCAUGAUUCACACUCCAAACACCAUGAUUCAAAGUCUGAUCACCAUGAUUCACGCUCCAAACACCAUGAUUCAAAGUCUGACCACCAUAAUUCAAAGUCUGAUCAUCAUGAUUCACGCUCCAAACACCAUGAUUCAAAAUCUGAUCACCAUGAUUCAAAGUCUGAUCACCAUGAUUCACAUUCCAAACACCAUGAUUCACGCUCCAAACACCAUGAUUCACACUCCAAACACCACGAUUCAAAGUCUGAUCAUCAUGAUUCAAAGUCUGAUCACCAUGAUUCAAAGUCUGAUCACCAUGAUUCACGUUCCAAACACCAUGAUUCAAAGUCUGAUCACCAUAAUUCAAAGUCGGAUCACCAUGAUUCACAUCAUAACGCUGACCAUCAUCAUCACCAUGAUCAUCACCAUAGUUCUGAGUCUAAGCACCAUGGUUCCCAUUCAGCGCACAAUGAUUCACACUCUGUACACAAUGAUUCACACUCUGUACACAAUGAUUCAAAAUCGCAUGAUUCAAGCUCAAGUUCACAUGAUUCAAGCUCACAAACACAUGAUUCAAGCUCAAAAUCACAUGAUUCACGAUCCAAACACCAUGAUUCAAAGUCUGAUCACCAUGAUUCAAAGUCUGAUCACCAUGAUUCACGCUCCAAACACCAUGAUUCACGCUCCAAACACCAUGAUUCACGCUCCAAACAUCAUGAUUCCAAGUCUGAUCACCACGAUUCCAAGUCUGAUCACCAUGAUUCAAAGUCUGAACACCAUGAUUCACACCAUAACGCUGACCAUCAUCAUCACCAUGAUCAUCACCAUAGUUCUGAGUCUAACCACCAUGAUUCAAAGUCUGAUCACCAUGAUUCACGCUCCAAACACCAUGAUUCGCGCUCCAAACACCAUGAUUCCAAGUCUGAUCACCAUGAUUCCAAGUCUGAUCACCAUGAUUCAAAGUCUGAUCACCAUGAUUCAAAGUCUGAUCACCAUGAUUCAAAGUCUGAUCACCAUGAUUCAAAGUCUGAUCACCAUAAUUCUCGCUCCAAACACCAUGAUUCACAUUCCAAACACCAUGAUUCAAAGUCUGAUCACCAUGAUUCAAAGUCGGAUCACCAUGAUUCUCGCUCCAAACACCAUGAUUCAAAGUCUGAUCACCAUGAUUCAAAGUCUGAUCACCAUGAUUCUCGCUCCAAACACCAUGAUUCACAUUCCAAACACCAUGAUUCAAAGUCUGAUCACCAUGAUUCAAAGUCGGAUCACCAUGAUUCUCGCUCCAAACACCAUGAUUCAAAGUCUGAUCACCAUGAUUCAAAGUCUGAUCACCAUGAUUCUCGCUCUAAACACCAUGAUUCAAAGUCUGAUCACCAUGAUUCACACUCCAAACACCAUGAUUCUAAAUCUGAUCAUCAUGACUCCAAGUCUGACCACCAUGAUUCACACUCCAAACACCACGACUCACAUUCCAAACACCAUGAUUCAAAGUCUGAUCAUCUUGAUUCUCGCUCCAAACACCAUGAUUCAAAGUCUGAUCACCAUGAUUCAAAGUCUGAUCACCAUGAUUCACACUCCAAACACCACGAUUCACAUUCCAAACACCAUGAUUCAAAGUCGGAUCACCAUGAUUCAAAGUCUGAUCACCAUGAUUCUCGCUCUAAACACCAUGAUUCAAAGUCGGAUCACCAUGAUUCUCGCUCCAAACACCAUGAUUCACAUUCCAAACACCAUGAUUCAAAGUCAGAUCACCAUGAUUCAAAGUCUGAUCAUCAUGAUUCUCGCUCCAAACACCAUGAUUCAAAGUCUGAUCACCAUGAUUCAAAGUCUGAUCACCAUGAUUCUCGCUCCAAACACCAUGAUUCACAUUCCAAACACCAUGAUUCAAAGUCUGAUCAUCAUGAUUCAAAAACCGAUCACCAUGAUUCACACCAUGGUUCACUUUCCAAACACCAUGAUUCACAUUCCAAACACCAUGAUUCACAUUCCAAACACCAUGAUUCACGCUCCACACCCCAUGAUUCCCAAACUAACCACCAUGAUUCUAAAUCUGAUCAUCAUGAUUCAAAGUCUGAUCACCAUGAUUCAAAGUCUGCUCACCAUGAUUCCAAGUCUGAUCACCAUGAUUCCAAGUCUGAUCACCAUGAUUCCAAAACUGAUCACCAUGAUUCCCACCAUAAUUCACGCUCCAAACACCAUGGUUCACGUUCAAAACACCAUAAUUCACGCUCCAAACACCAUGAUGCACGCUCCAAACACCACGAUUCACAUUCUUACGACCACCAUGCUUCACACUCUGUCCACCAUGAUUCAAAAUCCAAACAUCAUGAUGACAAGGCCAGUCCAAGUCAUGGUUCAGUUCACAACGGGAAAGUUGAUUUCGACAUUGAUGUAGAAAUCAAUAAUUAGACUGGGUCUGAUUGCAAUUGUAGUUGUUUUACAGUAAAGCUUUGCUCUCUUUCCCUUCUAUUAGACUUUUUUAAGGCAUUUAAUUUUAAAUUUUAAAUUUACAGAGAUAAGGAAACAGUCUUUUUUAUAAAUUUUCUUAGUAUCCGUAUUUAUGUAGCACUUUUAUAUAAAAUCUACAUUCAAGAGUUCUUUACAAGUAAAACAUCUAUAAUAAACAUUAUAAUACUAAUAAAACUAAAAACACAAUACAUCUUUCAUGUAAAUUCAAAUGGCAAAGUUGACUGAAAGAAUCUUGUAGAGAUAAAAAUGCUUUAACUUAUAGAAUGUUAAAGGUGUGACUUAAAUGUAAAAGUACGUUCUCUGAACCCAUGAUUGAUAAUUAAUUUUUAGAAAUAUUUGUAACACUAACAACAUUAGCUAAGAUUCAGUUUAUAUGAUACAUGUACGUUUAUGUCUUAUUUUGAAUGUAUACAACCAAUAAUUCUCAAAUUUGUCCCUUCUUAACAUACGUUUUUUUCUAUUGCAUUUUUUUGAAAUAUUUUAUAUUCCAUAUAUGUAUUCACCCAUUAUAUAUGCAUAGCAAAAUAAAGUACUACAGUAAUA